GAAGGGUGUCUCCUCUUGGAAUAUCUGAGCUGGGUUUCAUCUCCUUUUUGAUGUUAAGUAGUUACCUCCAUGAGAACUGACUUCAGGGUACUACUCGUCGAGGAGAGCAGAGUGGUCCCCACGCUGGAGAUGAGGAAGGAUAACAGUUUCUGAGACUUAACUGUUAGUGCUUGGAGGUCCCCCUCACCCAUUCAAAAUGCCUUUUAAAGCAUUUGAUACCUUCAAAGAAAAAAUUCUGAAACCUGGAAAAGAAGGAGUGAAGAACGCCGUCGGAGAUUCGUUGGGGAUUUUACAAAGAAAAAUCGAUGGGACCAACGAGGAAGAAGAUAACACUGAGUUGAAUGAAGAAGGAAGGCCAGUGCAGACUUCCAGGCAGACGCCCCCACUCUGCAACUGCUACUGCUGUGGCCUCCCCAAGCGUUACAUCAUUGCCAUCAUGAGCGGGCUGGGAUUCUGCAUUUCCUUUGGGAUUCGGUGCAAUCUAGGAGUAGCCAUUGUGGAAAUGGUCAACAACAGCACUGUCUAUGUCGACGGAAAACCAGAAAUUCAGACAGCACAAUUUAACUGGGAUCCAGAGACAGUGGGCCUUAUCCAUGGAUCUUUCUUCUGGGGUUAUAUUGUGACACAAAUUCCAGGUGGUUUCAUUUCAAAUAAGUUUGCUGCUAACAGGGUCUUUGGAGCCGCCAUCUUCUUAACAUCAACCUUGAACAUGUUCAUCCCUUCAGCGGCCAGAGUGCAUUAUGGCUGUGUCAUGUGUGUCAGAAUCUUGCAAGGUCUAGUGGAGGGUGUGACCUACCCAGCCUGCCAUGGGAUGUGGAGUAAGUGGGCACCACCUUUGGAGAGAAGCCGACUGGCUACAACCUCUUUUUGUGGUUCCUAUGCAGGGGCAGUGAUUGCCAUGCCUCUGGCUGGGGUGUUGGUUCAGUACAUUGGAUGGGCCUCUGUCUUUUAUAUUUAUGGCAUGUUUGGGAUUAUUUGGUACACAUUUUGGCUAUUGCAGGCCUAUGAGUGUCCAGCUGCUCACCCAACCAUAUCCAGUGAGGAGAGGACCUACAUAGAGACAAGUAUAGGAGAAGGAGCCAACGUGGUUAGCCUCAGUAAAUUUAACACCCCAUGGAAAAGAUUUUUCACAUCAUUGCCUGUUUAUGCAAUCAUUGUGGCAAAUUUUUGCAGAAGCUGGACUUUUUAUUUGCUGUUAAUAAGUCAGCCUGCUUACUUCGAAGAGGUCUUUGGAUUUGCAAUAAGUAAGGUGGGUCUCCUGUCAGCAGUUCCCCACAUGGUUAUGACGAUCAUUGUGCCUAUUGGAGGACAACUGGCUGAUUAUUUGAGAAGCAGGAAAAUUUUGACCACAACGGCUGUCAGAAAAAUCAUGAACUGUGGAGGUUUUGGCAUGGAGGCAACCUUGCUCCUGGUGGUUGGCUUUUCCCACACCAAAGGGGUGGCCAUCUCCUUUCUGGUGCUUGCUGUAGGAUUUAGCGGCUUUGCUAUUUCAGGUUUUAACGUCAACCACCUGGACAUUGCCCCCCGCUAUGCCAGCAUUCUCAUGGGGAUCUCAAAUGGAGUGGGGACCCUCUCUGGAAUGGUCUGUCCCCUCAUUGUUGGUGCAAUGACCAAGCACAAGACCCGUGAGGAAUGGCAGAAUGUGUUUCUUAUAGCUGCUCUGGUGCACUACAGUGGUGUGAUCUUCUAUGGAGUCUUUGCUUCAGGGGAGAAACAGGAGUGGGCUGACCCUGAGAAUCUCUCUGAGGAGAAGUGUGGGAUCAUUGACCAAGAUGAAUUAGCUGAGGAGACAGAACUCAACCAUGAGAGUUUUGCAAGUCCCAAAAAGAAGAUGUCUUAUGGUGCCACCACCCAGAAUUGUGAAGUCCAGAAGAAAUGGAGAGGACAGAGGGGAGUGACCCUUGAUGAAGAAGAGCUGACAUCCUACCAGAGUGAAGAGAGAAACUUCUCAGAUUCAGCCUAAAGUCUGAGGGGCACUUCCAUCUUCUCCUUACAUAGAGUCAGAAAGUAUCCAUACCUAUUGCCUUCCCCAUAGCCCAGCUUGCUAGAGGGUCAAAUAUGGUGAUACUGGAGGUGGGA